UCGUUCCCACGAAUAUCGUUCCAUUGCGCUGCAUCGGAACGCAGUGUACGACGCUGCCUCUGCUAUCCGUGGAUCACCCGUACUCCUUCGAAUAUAACUACAGCUUGACUGCUGCUUCGCUUUCAUGAAGUACCACAAGCAAAAAAGAAAUUUCCGCUCCGGCGACUCGACAACCAGGCCAAGGCAGAAGGACCGAGAUGAAUGUUCUCUGCUGUGUGACAACCUCAGCCUCUGUAAAAGCCUCCUGGCCCUCAUGCUCUUCUCCUCAGUCGUGGCCUGCCUACUCUUCUACGACGCCACCUUCACUUCCGGCUUUGUUCCCGACACAGGGCCCGUACCCAGCCAACAGCGCUUCAAACCACAGACACCGGACGCCAUCCCGAACGUUCAAGAGGUCACAUCUAAGACGACGAAAAGCAAUACGUAUCCGACUUCUGAAGCCAAAGGCCCAGUGAAAGUUGAGAUUCGGAGAUCCACGGCUUCCAGUAACGUCUUCUCGGACCUCACUUUAAUCAACGGAAGAAAUGUCAUUCCUAGAAAGAAUUCAAAUAUGACCCGUAACACCAGAUAUGUAGCGUCGAACAGGGCGGUUGGUCGGGAACAGCAGAUGAUGGUUCUGAUUCAGAAAACCAAGCUGGACUGGGUUGCAAACAAUCUUCCUUUCCCACUGGAUGUCUUCAAGAACAGGUAUACGGACGGACACCGUGUGAAGCAACUCUGUAAGCUGGGAAGAGUAGAGACGCUGUUCUUCUUCCACACGGCGCCUGACCAUAAAGAGAAACGCGACUUUUACCGCUCGACAAUCGCACAUCUGAGUUUAGCAUCAUUCUACAACUGGACGGCCGUAUUCUUCGUGGGAACGCGUCCCAACAUCAAUUUAACGGCGGAAGGCUACCGAAACGGAGACAUAGUUCAAUUGCCGUUCGUCGACGUCUACCGGAACCUCACGUACAAGUUCGUCUAUGGCAUGCGGUGGACGCUUCUCAAUUGCCCCACGGCGCAGAUAAUUGUCAAGCUCGACGACGACGUCUUUGUGAACCCUCCUGUCUUGAGCACAUACAUACGACGUUACAUGAACGUUCGGGAGAUGUCAAUUCACUGCUCAGUGUACAAGCAUAACAUCGUCAUACGAAAUCCGAACAGUAGACAUUAUUUAAGCGUGCGGGAAUACCCGAGUCUGGCGUUUCCCCCGCACUGUCACGGCUGGGCAAUCCUGUUUCCGGCCUGGGUGAUGUAUCCGUUGUAUAAAGCUGCAUUUCAUGUGCCCAUGCACGCGAUAGACGACGCAUACGUAACCGGCGACCUGGUGUUGAAAACCGGCAUUGGACACCGAGACAUUUCGGUCCUGAUGUCCAACACAGAAAAUCGGCUCUUGGAAACGGCGCAAGGACAAUUCAUUUUCUCGCUCUUUUCCGGAAAGCGGAAGCUUAGUCUGCACAAGCUGCUGUGGAAGACGUUGGUGCAAAUGAGACACGAGCCACGGAUUGAAGCAGUACUGGAUAGGACGCUAGUCUAGGGCCGGUGCACGUCAAGCGUGGUGGCGUUAAGACGCAUUAGCAGGCCGAAGGGUGCCCACUGUUACAGACGAAUGUUAUCAAUGUAUAUCACGUCGUCACGUUAUCAUGUUUGCGCUAUUUUCGUCUUUCGUAAUAAUCGCUGCAUUUUAUGUCUUCCAUUUUAGAUUUUUUUUAGCGCAAUGUGAUAGGAGAUUAUGGGAAUUUUGGUGCCCAUGUCAGCUGAUUGUUGAACCAGGCACUUUUCCCAGUUUCCGUAAUAUGUGAAGUGCUAAUAAAUGUGCGAUGCGAGUUCGCCGAUAAGUGUA